AUGGACACACCUUUUAGCACGCUCACGACACCGACCGUCGUCGACGACGUUCCGUUCGAGGAGCACGUUGCCAUCCACGUCGACUGCCUCGAGUCCGACGCGUCGACGGCCUUGGCGCCCGGACCGGUGAUCGAAACCAUGUCCAAGCCCGCGUUUGCACUCUACUUGCAGUCGGGCCUCGUUGUGCUCAUGCAAAACCUCCUGCCGCCGCUCAAGACGUACGUCUUUGCCAACUACCUCCACGGCUCCAGCGCCCACAUUGCGCAGCUCACGGCGCUCGAGAACCUCGCGUGGACUCUCCGCGUCUUCUUUGCGAUUCUCUCGGACGCCGUGCCGGUCUUUGGCUACAAGCGCAAGUUUUGGAUGGGCGUUGGUUGGCUCGUCACGCUUGCCAGUCUCUGUGUCAUGGCCUUCUCCGACUUUGGCGCGCCGUACUGCGACCCAAACGACUACCCGGGCUGCUGGCACCCGAACGCCAAUAUCACCAGCGGCGCCUUUGACCUCGCUGCGCCGAGCCGCGUCAGCUGGUACCGCAUCCCGACCUUCUUUGCGACGCUUGGCGUCGUCAUUGUCGCCGCGUCUGCCGACGGGCUUCUCGUCGAGUACUCGCAGCGGGAGCCGAUUGUUACGCGCGGCCAGAUCAUGGUCAUGACGUACGCGACGACGGGGUCUGGCGGUCUCAACGCGCGCUUCUUCAACCAGUUUUUUCUCAACGGCGAGCGCUACGGCGGCACCUACAGCUUCUCGGCCGGUCCCAACGUCGCCUACUACUUUGCCAUCUCGAUGGCGCUGCUCGGCCUCGGCCUCGUCGUGGGUAUGUUUCACGACACCAAGCCCGCGCUCGUCAAGCAAGAAUCGUCAUCGUCGUCGCAGCGCUGGUCGUCGGGUCUCUGGAAGCUGCUGCACAACCGCGGCAUCGCGCAGCUGCUGGCGUUCCGCUUCGCCUUCAACCUCUUCUCGAUGAUCUCGGGCGCGCCGAUUCUGUCGUGGGUCACCAACCUCGACAUGGGCUGGAUCAACAUCACGCCGCGCCUCCUCUUCAUCUCGGCGACCAUGUACUAUGGCCGCUUUGCACUGCAGUGGAACUGGCGCCGCGUCCUCGCUUUCUGGACCUUUUCCAACAUUGUGCUCAUGGCGCUCGCCACCUUCUUUGUCAUCUGCGACGUCUCGCGCAAUGCGUACCUCUACUCGGUGCUGCUCGUGCUCACGGGCGUCCCCGUGGCCAUCAUCAACCUCAUCAUGGCCGUCAUUGCGGGUCUCUGGGCCUCCAUCCGCGACCUCAACGUGCCGAUCGCCAACAAGGUGCGCUCGUGGCUCCUCGACGGCUUUCCCGCGACGAUGAGCCUCAAAGACGACGCGGAGACCAAGCACCACGUCGCCUACAUGCACCUCAUUGCCUUCGCGAUCCAGCUCAUCGGCCUUGUCUGGAUCGUCUUGCUGCCGUCGCAGAAAAUCCCGCUGGCCAUGAUGAAGCAGCGCGGUGGCGCCACGUCCGUCGGCGUCCUCGUCGCUCUUGGCUACGUUGCGCUGAUGGCGUUCUCGUGGCAGCAAAACGUGCACAGCUAUGCGCAAUAA